ACCGCGCCUGCGCUCCUGCUCCCUUCCGAACAAGGCUUCACCAAUCCUGGCUCUGGCUCCAUCCCCGGCUCGGCGUCCCACAGGCCAGCGCUAAUAAGUCGCCUAGCUGUCCAGUAAUGGGGGAGUGAUUGAGGGGGGAGACGCUUGCUGCUGUGUGAAAGCCCGUGAGGAAGUUGAGGGGAGAAAAGCAGCUCCACGCCGCGCCGGACCGGACAGCUCCACAGAGACACAUCCUACAGUUGCUGUUGUUGAGUAGCCCUUAAAAAAAAAAGAAAAAAGAAAAGGAAAAAAGGGAAGAGAAAAAAAGCGCACAGUGAUGGAGAGAAAGCGUCCCGGCAUGCCGUCUGGAGCGAGGAUGCCCCACCAGGGAGCUCCCAUGGGCCCCCCCGGCCCGCCGUACGGAGGGAGCCCGGCGGUGCGGCCCGGCCUGCCCUCCCCGGUGAUGGAACCCAGCCGUAAGAGGCCUGCCCCCUCCCAGCAGGUCCAGCAGCAGCAGCAGCAGCAGCAACAGCAGCAGCAGCAGCAGCAGGCCGUCCAGAACCGUGCCAGAAAGAAGCCAGUCGGAUUCCCCGGAGCCAAUGAGAUGCCGGCGAGGCAGAUGGACAUGAGAGAGCCCCAAUCAGAUCCCACGCUCGGAUCAAAUGCUAAGAGAAGGAAAAUGGCAGACAAGAUUCUUCCGCAAAGGAUCCGUGAGCUGGUCCCUGAGUCUCAGGCCUACAUGGACCUGCUUGCAUUUGAGCGCAAGCUGGACCAGACCAUCAUGCGCAAACGCGUGGACAUCCAGGAGGCCCUGAAGAGGCCAAUGAAGCAGCAGAAGCGUAAACUGAGGCUUUACAUUUCCAACACCUUCAACCCUGCCAGACCUGACGCAGAUGACUCUGAUGGCAGCAUUGCGUCAUGGGAACUGCGAGUAGAAGGGAAGUUGCUGGAUGAUCCGGGGAAGCAGAAGAAGAAAUUCUCUUCGUUUUUCAAGAGCCUGGUGAUCGAGCUGGAUAAAGACCUGUACGGUCCCGACAACCACCUGGUCGAGUGGCACCGCACGCCCACCACCCAGGAGACGGACGGCUUCCAGGUGAAGCGGCCAGGAGACGUGAGCGUGCGCUGCACUCUGCUGCUGAUGCUGGAAUACCAGCCUCCCCAGUUUAAGCUGGACCCUCGCCUGGCUCGCCUGCUCGGUAUUCACACUCAGACUCGCUCCUGCAUCAUCCAGGCCCUCUGGCAGUACGUGAAGACCAACAAGCUGCAGGACUCGCAUGACAAGGAGUACAUCAACUGUGACAAGUAUUUCCAACAGAUUUUCGACUGCCCUCGGCUGAAGUUCUCUGAGAUCCCUCAGCGCCUCACCAACCUCCUCCUGCCCCCUGACCCCAUCGUCAUCAACCAUGUUAUCAGCGUGGAUCCCAACGACCAGAAGAAGACGGCCUGCUACGACAUUGACGUGGAGGUGGACGACCCCCUGAAGAGCCAGAUGAGCAGCUUCCUCCUCUCCACCGCCAACCAGCAGGAAAUUGCCUCACUCGACAACAAGAUCCAUGAGACCAUCGAGUCCAUCAACCAGCUGAAGAUCCAGAGGGACUUCAUGCUGAGUUUCUCCAGAGAUCCCAAGGGCUACAUCCAGGACUGGCUCAAAUCCCAGAGCCGAGACUUUAAGUUAAUGACAGACGUGGUGGGGAACCCUGAAGAGGAGCGGAGGGCGGCGUUCUACCACGAACCCUGGUCCCAGGAGGCCGUCAGCCGCUAUUUCUACUGCAAGAUCCAGCAGAGGAGACAGGAGCUGGAACAGGCCUUAGCGGUCCGCAACACCUAAACAAAAGAGGCCCUCCUGGAUUCCUGAAUCUGAUUUCAGAGCCGCUCGUGUGUGUGCGUGUGUGUGUGUGUGUGUUUGUGUGUGUGUGAGGUCAUUGCUGAUGUCUGGUGAAUCCUUAAACCUCUACAGUCUAAAGGAGGCUUCAUCUCAGAGGUGACUAAUCAAUUUCAUAGCUGUGUUUUGAAGUUAAAUCAGUGAGGAGGGGUUCACCAGACAGCAGCAGCGUACUGUGGUCCCCCAUCUCCUCCACGUCCCGUUUUAGCGCAGGACUGCGAAGGCAUCGUGGUUGAAAGCGUGGAUUCAGCCCCUCGGAGGUCGACGCCAGUUUCCGCUCUGUAAAUAAACGUCACUAGAAAAGCUCCCUCUCGACCAGCUGCUCGCACGCCACUGUGUUUUCGGAUUCUUGUCUCAAGACUGUGCAGUGACAAACGCUCAUGACGUAACCCGCUGACACAGUCAGACCCCCCGCGGCUGCUCUGGAUGAGUCUUUAUUUUGUUUUUUUAAUUAUUUUUGGAGAGAGUGCUUUUCCUUUGUCCUCGUUAGGGGGAGAGCGUGCUCGAAUUGUUGAUUAAUUACACCAGCAAAGUCGCGACGACAGCGUGACGCACCGGGUGGUUGCACAGGAUGCCGCGUGUAAACCAGAGGUGUGGAUAGAAAAAAAAAGAAUAGAAAAAAAGACUUCUUUUUACAGUAAAUUAACCAAACUGAAGUAUUAUGACAUUAUCAGCUCCAUCUGUUUAUACUGUAGUAAGAAUAAGUGUUUCGAUGAAGGGAAAAAAACAAACAGUAUUGAUCCUGAACAUAAUAAUCAUAGAGAAACAGAUAUGCCUCUAAAUGUUCUGUCACUCACUGCCUCUUUGUCGCGUCGUACUUUUUGCCCGUUAGCGUCCCGAAGGUUUUACCAAAGGUUGCAGCGAGAAGAGAGAGCGAUCACUGAAACAGACAUUGGCAAAAUCCCAGACCUGGGUUUAUCAGAAACGACUGAAUAAAUCCAAACACGCCAGAGUAUUUAAAAAAAAGUGCUACCAAAAGCUUUCCUUAACUCUUGAAUUCUUGCAGUGAACUUUUAAGCUCAGGUCUGUGGAUUUUUGUCUAUUUCUGCAUUUUUUUAUGUUACGAACACACGCAUUAAAAGAAAAAAAGAGAUGUGAAUGUAAAUAUGUUUUUUUUUUUCUUCCCCUUAAGAGGGCCAGCUGUACAGUAUACGACAGACUAUCUGUGUGUGCGCGCGUGUGUGAGCGUGUGUUUGUUUUGGAGGAUUUCGGGAGGGGGUGUUGCAGUAUGGGAGCUCCAUGAGUUUUGAGUUAGUAGGGCAGGAAUGUUAGUGUUCUGCUGUGUACUAUCUUGGGUUCGGGGUGAUUUAUUUUAGGUCCAUCCCGUGUGCAUCGUGGGAGCUGGAAGCUGCAACAGAGAGAGAGCCCUCCCUCGCUCUGAGUCUCAGUAGCUGUAACUCGUGAUAUAAUCUGCAGCGUUCUCAUGUUACACCUGUUUUGUUUUUUGUUUUUUGUUUUUAAAAAUGACACUUGAGUUGUAUGUAUAUGUUGUAAUGUCAGGAUGGAGGAUUUUCUUCUCUGCAGUUUCUAGAUUG